AUGGCAGCUCGUCUCCAGAGGGACAAGCUUCGAUCUGAAGGUUUGGGGAAGUAUGACAAUGCUAUUCCAUAUCUAGACCAGAAUUAUGAAGAGAUUAAGGCAAAAUGCCUGCAGAAUGGGGAGCUAUUCACUGAUCCACAAUUCCCUGCUGGGCCAGAAGUGCUUGGCUAUAACGAAUUGGGUCCCUACUCACAGCAAACUCAAGGCAUCGAAUGGAAGAGGCCUCAGGACAUUGUAAGUGACCCUCAAUUCAUCUUGGAUGGGGCAACUAGGACUGAUGUUUGCCAGGGGGCUCUCGGGGACUGCUGGCUCCUGGCUGCCAUAGCUUCCCUCAGCCUCCAGGAAACACUGCUCUCCCGGGUGAUACUCCAAGGCCAAAGCUUCCAGAAUGACUAUGCAGGCAUUUUCCACUUUCGGAUCUGGAGGUUUGGGGAGUGGUUAGAUGUGGUGGUGGAUGAUCUGCUGCCCACGAUCAAUAACAAUCUAGUAUUUGUGCAUUCGGCUGAGAAGAAUGAAUUCUGGACUGCCCUGCUGGAGAAGGCCUAUGCUAAAUUGAAUGGCUCAUACGAAGCACUUAUUGGGGGCACCUCAACUGAAGGCUUUGAGGACUUUACAGGGGGUGUGGCUGAAGCAUACAACCUCCAAAACCCCCCCAAUAAUCUGCUUAGCAUCAUACAGAAGGCCUUACAACGAGGCUCUCUAAUUGGCUGUAGUAUUACGGUAAGAAAUAACCAGAUAGAGGCUGUGAGUUCCCUGAAGCUGGUGAAGGGUCAUGCUUAUUCAGUGACUGCGCUUCAAGAGGUCAACUACCAGGGCAAAAGCGAGAAUCUAAUCCGUAUCCGAAAUCCUUGGGGCCAGGUGGAAUGGACAGGACCCUGGAGUGAUGAUUCAAGUGAGUGGCAAGAAGUGGACCAACAAGUCCGUGAACAAUUGUUGGUCAAGAUGGAAGAUGGGGAAUUCUGGAUGUCCUUCACAGACUUCUUGGGACAUUUCUCAAACCUGGAAAUCUGCAACUUGACCCCUGAUGCCCUCAGCCAGGACAAUCUGAGCCAAUGGCAUAGCGAGGUCUACGAGGGCAGCUGGCGUAAAGGCAGCACGGCAGGAGGUUGCAGUAAUUAUCCUUCUACUUUCUGGGCCAACCCCCAGUUUAAGAUUCAGCUGCUGGAGCCUGAUGAUCACCACCACAAUGAUAAUGCCUGUAGCUGUCUGAUUGCCCUGAUGCAGAAGAACCGCAGAGCUCAGCGGUGUAAGGGUGGAGACAUGCACUCCAUCGGCUUCUCUAUCUAUGAGGUUCCAAAGGAGGGUGUGAGCAAUGAACCCUUGCAGAAGAAUUUCUUCAUGAUGAAUCAGUCCCUAGCCCAUUCUGGAAGUUUCAUCAACAGGAGGGAAGUUUGCGCCCACUUUCAGCUGCCUCUCGGAGAGUAUAUCAUUGUACCUUCUACCUUUGAACCCAACCAAGAUGCUGACUUCAUUAUUCGAGUCUUCACUGAGAAACAGAGCAAAUUUCAACAGGUAGAUAAUAACCUCUGUGAAUCAGUGCCUCCUCUGGAGACAGUCAAAGAGAGUGAUGUGGAAGAUUCCCUCAAGGAAAUAUUUGAGCAAGUGGGAGGAAAGGACAAGGAGAUCGAUAUCCAUGGGCUUGGAAAAAUCCUCAACAAGAUGAUCUCCAAAAACAAAGACUUGAAGACUGGUGAUUUCUGCAUGGAGUCCUGCCAAAACAUGAUGAACCUCAUGGAUACUGAUGGCAGUGGUCACCUGAACAUGAUGGAGUUUCAGGUCCUGUGGAACAAGAUUCAGAAGUGGCUGGCCAUCUUCCGUAUGCACGAUGCGGACAAGUGUGGCACCAUGAACUCCCACGAGAUGCGCCUGGCUGUGGAAGCAGCUGGCAUCAAGCUAAACAACAAGUUGCUCGAGGUGCUGGUGUCCCGCUAUUCGGAUGAGAACAUGGGCAUCAGUUUGAACAGAUUUAUCUGCUGCCUUGUCAAGCUGGAGGCCAUGUGCCAUUUCUUCACUAAAAUGGAUCCUAAGAAAACCGGUCAGGCUGUCAUAGACCUACCCCAGUGGUUGCUAUUGACCAUGUGUGGAUAG